AUGGAGGGAGAGCCACCACCAUCAGAGGUUCACCUGAGGGUAAACUCUAGGCUGUUUAGCAAGGUGGUGCACCCAAUGGAGAUAGACCCAACUUUGCCAUCAAAAACUACACCUACUGUUGUUGAAUACAGGGAUAUAAAGCAUUUCAAGAAAUGGGUUUCUUGGUUGAUUCCCUUUAUUUUCAUUGCCAAUAUCAUUGUGUUCAUUAUCACCAUGUAUGUCAACGAUUGUCCCAACAACACGGACUCCUGCUUAGCCCGGUUCCUUGGUCGUUUCUCCUUUCAGCCUUUUAAAGAGAACCCUCUUCUGGGGCCUUCAUAUUUGACGCUACAGAGUAUGGGGGGUCUGGAUGUGCACAGAGUGGUUCACGGACACCAGGGUUGGCGCCUAAUCACUUGCAUAUGGUUACAUGCUGGAGUGUUCCAUCUAUUAGCAAAUAUGUUCGGUAUUCUAGUCGUUGGAAUUCAGCUUGAGCAAGAUUUUGGGUUCGUGCUUAUUGGAUUGCUAUUUGUCAUUUCUGGAUUAGGAGGAAGCUUGCUUUCUGCUCUUUUUAUUCGGAGUAGCAUUGCAGUUGGUGCUUCUGGUGCUCUUUUUGGCUUGCUGGGAGGCAUGCUUUCAGAACUCAUUACUAACUGGUCUAUGUAUGAUAAAAAGCUAGGAGCAUUAUUCACCCUUGUGUUUAUCAUUGUUAUCAAUCUAGCUGUGGGGUUUCUCCCUCAUGUGGACAAUUUUGCUCAUAUUGGAGGGUUUCUUUCAGGAUUUCUCCUUGGGUUUGUGUUUUUGAUACGUCCUCAGUUUGGAUGGGUUAAGCAACAAUAUGCUUCCUCAGCAUAUUCUCCAGAAUUAGUUAAACCUAAAUUCAAGAAAUAUCAGUGCAUCUCAUGGGUCCUAGCCCUGAUCCUGCUAAUUGUUGGGUUCACUAUUGGCCUGGUUGCACUUUUCUAUGGUGUUGAUGCAAAUGAACACUGCUCCUGGUGUCAUUAUCUAUCUUGUGUUCCAACUUCAAGAUGGAACUGCGAUCCACCUCCUUCAACUUGCUCGACAUUGCAGAUUGGCAAUCAGAUGAACGUGACAUGCACAAGCAAUGGAAAAUCCAGAAUGUUGCAAGAUCCAACCAUUUCUCGUAUCAAUGAAUUGUGUGUUCAGAUUUGUAGUUGAAUUUAGACAAAAGGGAUGGCGAUUUCUUUUGCCUUAUUCAUGAUUGAAAAAAAAAAAAAAACAAUAUA